AUGAAACAGUUCCAUUCUCUAUUGUGGUACAGAUGUGGUUUCAACCCAGAAAUCAAGUGUGACUUCAUAACUAACAAUUUAGCUGAGGUGUUCAAUAACUGGAUCAGAGGUAUCAAGGACUUACCAGUUGCUGAACUAGCUAACAAAGUGAGGGAGAUGAUAAUGAUUCUAUGGAGCAAGAGGAGGAGGAUUGUAGAAAGGCUCCCUACAGGAAAGAUUCUUCCUGCUGUAAUGGUUCAGCUUAAGGCAAACACUAGAGGUUUGGGUCAUUUGAAGGUUGUUGAGUCUAGUAGUUGGAGUGCAGAGGUUGUAGACUACAGCAAAGGUGGUGAAAGACACAGACCAAGGAAAUCGGUGGCAAUUUGGCAAAACCACCUCUUGGCGGUGGCAAAAAGCCAAUUCUCUCCAUUCCUCCGGCACCAAAACCCUAGGGGAGCGGCGGCGCUUUCGAUUGCCCAGCACCUCAUCGCCGUGGCGACGCCUCCCCCUCCUCCGUCUCGUGGUGGGCGCCGCCCGCCUCCUAACCCCGUGCCCCUCCGCCCGGAGCAGGAGCUGCUGCUCGAGACGGCGUCCGAGGGCGACCUCCCCCUCUUCAGACGUGUGGCGACGAUGCUGGCCGGCGAGCGGGGCAACGUCACGGAGGCUGUGGAGGCCGUGGCGGAUUGCACCGCGGGCGCACUGCACCUCGCCACCGGCCAAGGGCAACUGGCGGUGUGCAGGUACCUGGUGCAGGACCUUAGGGUGGACAUCAACGCAAUCCACGAUGGAGGUGAAUCACCUCUGGCUUAUGCAAUCAAUAGUGCACAUGUAGACGUGAGAUACCUUCUGGACCAUGGUGCUGAUCCUGACAAAGUUGACGAUAAAGGAUUUACCUCUCUUCAUAUUGCAGCUGAAGAAGGAUAUUGCAAAAUAGUUGAGAUCUUACUUUCUAAAGGGGCUUCUGUUGAUGCAUUAUCUAAUCGUGGUACACCACUACACCUUGCUGCUACCAAUGGGCACCGUAAAACCGUGAAGAUUUUGUUGGACCACAACGCUGAUUGCAAUAAGAUUGUACAUGGUAUCUACACUCCUCUCCUUGUGUCUAUAUAUGCUCCAUCACUAAAAUGUGUGAAGAUACUGCUUAAGACUGGUGCCGAUGUGAAUGGUGUGGGUAAUAUAACCCCCUUAAUAGCUGCUGUAAGUGGUGGCUUAACUGAGUGCAUGAAGUGCUUAUUGAAGGCUGGUGCUGACCCAAAUAUCCCCGAUGAAUUUGGAAGAGUGCCAAUAGAAUUUGCUGCAAUAUGUGGUUCACGAGAAGAUGUUUCGAUACUAUUUCCUUUAACUUCUCGUAUUCCAUCUGUCAAUGAUUGGAGUGUUGAUGGAAUAAUGCUUCAUGCGUGCUUAUUGCCAGGACAAAAGGCAAUGGGCCUUGACAAUGAUGAUGCAACUCUGUACUCAAAUAGGAGUCUCUGUUUUCUCCAAAUUGGUGAUGGAGACAAAGCAUUUGCGGAUGCUUAUACUUGUAGAAUGAACCAUCCAGAUUGGCCAAAGGCCUGGUAUCUGCUGGGGGCAGCUCUAAUGUUACUGAAGGAUUAUGAAAAGGCUUGUGAUGCAUUUCUUGAUGGUUUCAAAAUAGAUCCAGGGAGUGCUGAGCUUGAGAAUGCUCUACGGGAGGCUUUGAAUGCCUUGAGGAUAUCUCGUGGUGCUAAGAAGACUUGAUUGAAGUGCCCGUAGGAGCCUAUGUGCAGCUGCAGGAUUUUCCAAGUUUUGUUAAUAUGAGUUCUUUUCUUGUUGCGUGCCACAUCAAAUGUUCAAAUCAUUCGAUAUUUGGGAGACCGCAUGUGUAAACUUCAGAGAACUAUAGAUGUAUAUGCAAACUUGUUUAAGGAAACUGCAUUUUUUUUGACACUGCUGUCACGAAAUGACACAUACUUUGUUGAUGA